AUCUUGUCAACCUUUUAGAUCUAUUGGGAUAUUACGCAUCGAUAUUGAUAUUGUUUAGUGGGGUACAUUUGUCAUUGAGCCAGUUGAUCUUCAUUGCGGCAUUACGUUUUUGCUGGUUCUCACCACUGUGAUACCGGACUUCCACGCCUCAUGAAAGUUGGCGGUCUCGUGAGCAUUAAUUCUGUGGGCAUUUGAGGCGGCGUUUUCAUUUCAUUCUUUUUGUGUAUGUAUCAGUUUCACCCUCAUUGAGGGACGAUGCUGACGGACUUAGAUACACCUCCUUUUGGUUCGCACUUGCGAGUCAUCAAAUUCUGAUAUAAAGUCACGUGAUAUACGUUUUCUCCAUUUUGGAUAUUAUAUCUCUUCAUAUUUGGAAAACUCUAAGUUUGAACCAAUAUGUCACAUCAAGCACAGCUCGAUCUACCAGAUUUUCUACAAAACUCACCAUAUUUACCAAUCAUCAAUUUCGAUAUCGAUGAACCACAGCCACCAAAAGUAGCCAAACCAAGUAUUGCACAAAUUCUUCGGUCGAGACCUGUACGAACAGCGAUACCUAUUGUUAUUUGUGGACUGUUUAUCCUCUUUCUUCUUCCGCAUGGAACACGAAAAGCAAAAGAAUUGCACCUUCAGUAUAAAACUCCUGCGUGUCUGAAACAAGCUCCUGUUGUUGUAGAACCUUUGACGGGCGAGGAGAUGGGUAUUCAGUGGGAUAAAUACGCAUAUAUUACAUAUGCAACAUCGAAGGAUCAUCUAUGUAAUGCAUUAAUGUUAUUCGAGUCGUUGCAAAGUUUACAGAGUAAAGCUGAAAGGGUAUUGUUGUAUCCCCAGUCAUGGAAGGAUGCAUGGGUUGAAGAUGUCCAUGGCACGGAUAUGGAGGUUAUCACUAGAAUGUUGAUUCAAGCUAGAGAUAAAUAUAAAGUAAAAUUGGAAAAUGUGGAAAUUUUGCAGCAUAGGCAUGCUACAGCUGGUAACAAAUUUCACUCUUACCCUGCAUCGAGAAUGAUGAUCAUGAAAAUACUAAUGGAUGAUAGAUGAAUGGGCGGAGAGUUAUACUAAACUCAUAGCAUUCAACCAAACCUCCUACGAGAAACUUAUUGUUUUGGAUUCUGAUUCCACUAUACGUCAUCCCAUGGACGAAUUAUUCGUAGCUCCAAUGUCAAACUCAACACAAAUCCUCGCUCCGAGAGCAUAUUGGUUAGAUGCCCAAGGUGUCCCACAACUAGCAUCCCACAUAAUGCUCAUUAAACCCUCAACGAAUGCAUUUGAACGGCUGCAAAUAGAGUUCCGAAAAGCGGGUUCAGGUACCUACGACAUGGAUAUUAUCAACUCUGUCUUCGCUGAACAGAGAGAUUCUUGUGGGCUUCUAGAUCAUCAAAUAUAUGCUCUUCUCACAGGAGAAUUCCGCAGACCUGUUACGAAGCAUAGUGGGUUUUGGGGGAAAGGCCACGAGGCGGAUAUAUGGGAUCCAGAGAGGGUAUUUAAGAAGUCCAAAUUCGUGCAUUUUAGUGAUUGGCCCAUGAGGAAACCGUGGAAAUUGAAUAAUUUAGAAUGGACGGUUUGGGGACCAAAGUGUGUUCCAGUGAUAGAGGGAGAUGAUUGUAGAGCUAGAGAUAUUUGGAAUAGUUUGUAUAAGGAUUUUAGGGAGAGGAGAAUAGUAAGUUUGUUUUUUUGGGUUGUGUUGCUGUUGUUCGUCUGGUGAGUUGAUGGCUGAUUUGAUUUGUGUAGGCAGUGUGCGGGUCGGAUUUAUUAUAGGACAAUGUGGUGAUAUUUAUCACACAUGUAUGGAAGUAUUGGAUAUUAGAGAAAUUCGGCGUCAACAUACCAAUUGCUUUUUGAUCUCUUCCUUGGCCUUCUCAAUAUCCUCUUUAGUACCGUUGCAUAAGCCAAUCUCUCUAUUCUUCUGGUCUACAUAUGCCUUAUCACUCGGCACAAUGCCGAUUUUGGUUUUGUUUGCCAGUUCGGUGAGAAACU